AUGGAUUUGCCGCUGAGUGAUGAACAAAUACGUGAAUUAGAUGAGAGCACACUGGACUACCUACUUUGGAGGAAUAAAGGUAUAGACAUUACUCAAUUGGCAAAUUCCUUACAAGUUGAUGCGCCGACGCUUCAAGAGGAUACCAAUAGAUUACCUCUCUUAGCAAGGAAAUGGACUGCCAUCGCCAGACUACAAAGACGUAUUAUGUCGUUAGAACAAAAUAUUAGAGACUUACGAGAAGCUUCUAUAGAGAUGAACGCUCCCGCAUUUUCGCCGGAGUCAUCGGAGUCUGCACGUAUCGCGUGGAUAGCGCCUGCACAGCCGCGCGCGUCGAUCACUUUAGAAUCCCCUGUUACUGGAGUCCGAUUACAUCCAGAGUUAGCGGUUGUAUUUGUUAGUACCGAACAAGGUAGGUUACAUUGUUUUGAUCUAAUGGAUAUCACCUUACCACUAGCAUCCAUACAGGCUCAUACUAGAGCGAUCACCUCGGUAGAUGUGUUUUGCUGGCAACAGACUACUUAUGUGGUGACGGGAUCAAAAGAUAUGCAGGUUCGUGUUUUCACUUGGAGUGCAGGUCAAGGUUUAAAACUUCUAAGGAGUUUCGCAGGUCACGAGCAUGUGGUUUCUGGUGUAAGAAUAUGGGUUGGUCCAAGGACCACUAAUAUUGGCGGCGGCAGUCUGUUGUUGGCAUCUUGCAGUAGAGAUACUAGUGUAAAAAUAUGGGAUGUGAAUAGCGGAUGGUGUCUGAAAAGUUUUCAACCUCACUCAGAUUGGGUUCGCUGUCUUGACGUAUAUGGAGAAUUUUUGAUCACUGGUUGUCAAGAUUCUACACUAAGACUUACACAUUGGCCAUCAGGUAAUGGUCUGUCGGUCGGAUUGGGCCACGAUUUCCCCGUUGAAUCUGUUAGAUUCAUAGGCUCGUUGCAAGAUGCGGUAACCACGGAGGGGAGGACUAAUAAUUGGUUAGGUCAUUGUGUAUCUACUUCACGUGACAGGACUUCUAAGAUAUGGUUGUUACCACAACCACGUAGGUUACCCCAAAGGCCGCCAGUGCCGCAUUCCACAGAUGCACAGUUUCUGUGUAAAUGGACACUACGGGGCCACGAUUCAUGGAUUAAAGCGGUCGGGUCUAGAGGCGAUCACGUGUUCACCGCCAGCGAUGAUAAAAGCGUCAUAUGCUGGAAUUGGACUAAUGGUCAAUGCUUAAAGAAGUGGAAUCGCAUACACCAAGGAUUUGUUACCUGUAUUGAUUUGGAUGACUCUAAUCAUCCAUUGAAGCGUAAAAUCAUGGUUACGGGAGGCAUUGAUUGCAAAUGCCAUAUUUUUAUGCAAUAG